GCACUGGGUCUACAUGAAGUGGAUGCCAGCGAGGGCCACGCUCAUGUUAUGCUUCAUAUAUUAAUUUGUUACAUUACAGCUACUAUUCAUCUCUUAUAUAUCAAAUACGUGUUGAAAAACGUAAUUCCUGGCAAGGAGGUUUGAGUCUUCCUUGAGGAAAUCUGACACGUAGGAGAUGUAAUCCCUCGCCUGUGGUGCGGUGACCGUGGUUGUGUGUUGUGUCAGAUCUCGCAAGUGUCUCGUGUAUGCUAAGCUAAGCCGAGUGUUGAGGCUCGGGCAACGGAUACCUGCUGCAUAUUGGGAAGGCGAUCCAAAAAGUGUCAUCAGUCAUCACACACCAUCCAAGAUGCCUUCAAAUAGGAAACAAAAAAAGAAAAAAGAUGUACCUCAAGGACAACCAGCUUGUGAGGCUUCUUCAGCAUUGCCCAUGUCCAGACAACCAUCCAUACCCAAGAUGGAAGUAUCUCCUCCAUCAAAAAUGCCGGCAGGCUUCAAUUUGGAUGACUUUUUGUUCAGUAAAUUGUACAAGAGUGUAAUUGUAGUGGGUACACAUACUAUAAAUGAGGUCUUACAAGUUAUUUUUCGGAAAAGGGCUGGAGAGAAUAUCUCUACCUACACUGUAAAUCAGUUGAUUAUGGAGAUGAAACUCAGUAACAAAAAGAUGAACAAUAUUGCUAACAAGAUAGGUGGCAAGCUCCUUGAGGAGAAACUUCUUGCAUUUAAGAUUGAUGUGACUGGUGGAAUCUUUCUUUUACAGAAAGUGUUUCAUGAAGAAUACAAAAAACUAUCAAGUCACUGCCAGACACAGAUUCAGACUUUCCGAGAACUCAGAAACUCCCUUAGCCACAACUAUCCUCUUAUUCACUAUGACUUUGAACCAUGUGAUGAAAAACUAAAUUUUUUACUGGAGAAAAAUGAAGAUAUUGGUAUUCUUCAGAAUGAAAUAAGAAAAUUACAGGAAAGGAAAAAGGGGACCAAUGCAGGUAAGGAAUUAGAUCAAAUUGAAAAAUACAUUGGUGAAAAGAAAAAAGAACUAUAUGUUUUUAUUAAGAUAGAAAAACUAAAGAUAAUCCUUAAAGAUAUAUUAGAAAAUGUUGCUGCAGAAUUUAAAGAAGAUUUAACACAUUGUAAAAAUGAGUUAGAUAAAAUCCUUACUGAUAUUAGCAGAGCCAAGGUGGAGCAGUAUGAUCAGGAUACUUACAAUUCAGAAGUGCAGAUGUUUAAGAGUGACCCUGUACAUGAGUUGGUCACCAAGGCUCGAGAAGAAUUGAAAGAGCAUUACAAAAAACUGAGAGUUGCUAACCCCUGCCCUUGGAUGGUGAUGGAUCAAGCUGAAAAGUCCUCAGUGGUUAAUUUUUACAUUGAUAAAAUUUAUACUCCACUUAAAAUUGAGGGUCCUGGGAAAGAAAUCUUAACUGAGGAACUGCUGGUUACUAAUAAGAAUUUAGGGAAGGAAACAGUAAUGUCUCCAGCAUUAGUGGUGUCUGGUCUAGCAGGUUCAGGGAAAUCUUCUCUCUGUCUUUACCUCCUCCAUCAUUGGGCAGAGGGCACAGAAGAAAUAAAAACGCUGAAAGAUUACAACCUAGUAAUUUUUGUGGAUAUGCGAACUAUAAAGUCUAGCACCCUAGAGGAAUAUUUAAAAACACAAAGGAUAAAGAAGUCCACUGCUGGCAUUUCCUCACAUGAUCUUAUUCAGCGACUGGAUGACUUGAAAUUACUCUUCAUUAUUGAUGGCUAUGAUGAAGCCAAGAAGUCCUCAAAGAAAAUGGUAGAGGAGAUACUAGCAAAGUUUUCAGAGCAACACAUUGUAGUAACUACACGCGGAGAGUUCUGCAGUGAAGUGAAGGGACUUGCCACGAGACAUCAUGUGGAAUACCUCACUGUAGAAAUUUGUGGGUUUGAUAGCUCCAGAAUUCAUGAAUUCACUGAAAAAGUAUUUGCAGUAGUAAGAAACUCUCCAUUUUAUAUUCAGACUGAAGCCUGUAAUGCAAGAACUUCUGCCAGCUUCAUUAACUAUGUACAGAAGCGAGCCAAGAUUCUGGAGAAACUUCUUGAGUUGCCGUUGACAUUGGCACUUAUGAUAUACUUGUGGAUAGACUGUCCAGCCACUCUGAACAGAGUUACCACUGCCACAUCUCUCUAUUAUGAACUAUUUUGUUUGUACCAGAAGAAAUUAAAAGAUCGUCUGAAGAAUCCUUGUCCAGAUAGUACUCUUGAAAACUUAUUGCUCCUUAUAGGAAAGAAAGCAUGGGAACUGUUAUUAAGUGAAGAAUCAGUAUUGUCAAAAGAUGAUGAAAAAGAAAUAGAGAAAGAGUGUAUAAAUGAAGGAUGCCCUAAGGAGGAGCUGAUGUCUGCAUUCCUUGUCUAUGAGUAUUAUGACACUGAUUCAGAAUGCAGUUAUGACUACUCUUUUAUACACAAAACUCAGAUGGAGUAUCUCAGUGCAUAUUUUUUGGUGGAAGAAGUUGAAAAUAGAAGCCUUCAUUAUGCCCAAAAACAU